CUAUCAGUAUUGAUUCUGCUGUAACAGAGAGAGGAUGAAAGAGAUGUAUGCUUUUCUCUGGACUUCGAUAAUUUUUUCAUCAAUUCAGGCUUCUAAUAACGUUGAUCAGACCAAUUCUAACCAGCAAAAACUGAGAUAUUGCCAUUCACAGACUGGCAUCCACACGACAGUCCGAGAGUUCCAGCUUUCGGCCUACGCUUGGUGUUUUUCCUUCAUUUUUUACAUCAAGUAUCGACCUUUUGUAAAUACAAAUGGAAGUUCAACAUCAGUUGUUUUUAUCCACAAUGGCCGCAUCCGGGUAAUCCAGUCAGUGGACUACAAAAAUCUAUCUGCAAAGUCAGAUGUCUGCUCGACCCUCACUUCAGAUGAAUGCCAUCAAUGGGUAUCUUGUUGCGCAGCUGCAGAUAAUUGUUGUCAAAGACAGCUCGCUCUUCCACCAGAAGUCAACAAUACUUGCGGACGGAUUUGGGACGGUUGGAGCUGCUGGAAUAAUGCAUCACCAGGAACAAAAAAUUAUGUCACUUGUCCUCUCUUCAUGCCAUAUUUUUCACAUUCAAGAAGUGCGGUAAAAACAUGUACAUCUAAAGGUGAAUGGGUAAAAAGGACAGACUAUAGUCACUGUGUUGACAAACAGGGAAUUGAGACCAGUUUGUUCCUGGGUUUAGGCUGCAGUAUCGCCAGUGUACUAUUCCUUGUGCCAGCUGUUUGUAUAUUCAUACGAUACAGAGCGCUUUCAAGGCAAAACAGAGUGAGAGUUCACAUGAACUUUUUCAUGGCACUGAUUAUACAGGAAGUUGUCUCGGGAUUGUGGGAUAUCUUGAUUACGUAUGACAAGGUUAAGAGUUCUAAAGUAUUCCAAACAGCGUUGAUGGCGAACGGAUUUUGGUGCAAACUGCUGUCCUUCCUGAAGAUAUAUUUUAAGGGUUGUAGCUUUACCUGGAUGCUGUGUGAGGGGAUUUUCCUCCAACGUCUCAUGUAUAAUGCCUUCUCUCCUCCACAAUCCCUCACGAUGAUAUAUGUCAUAGGAUGGGGCGUUCCUCUCAUUUUCUCUGGAGUUUAUGCGCUUCUAAGGAAAAUAUAUAAUGAUGAAAGUUGCUGGGCAUAUUCGUACAAAAAUUUGGAAUGGAUAUUUGAUGCCCCGAAUUUAAUGUGCCUUGUGGCAAAUUUACUUAUCCUUGGAAACAUCCUUCGAAUUUUACUCACACAGAUGCAAUCUCACCCUAAUGAACCCGGAAACUUCAGGCGAGCCGUGAAGGCAACCUUUGUUUUAAUCCCAUUGUUCGGGAUUCAGCUAUUUGUAACAUUAUACCGUGUUCCGAUUAGCAAGGAGGGCGGUAUAGAAUACGAGAGAUUUACCAUAGUUGUUGAUCACUCACAGGGAGUUUUUGUAGCCAUAUUAUUCUGCUAUAUAAACGGAGAGGUAAUUUCAAAUCUUAAGAAGUCAUGGAGACGUCGAUUGAACGACAGAUACUUCCGGAUCACGAGACGAAUGACGAUUUCAACCAACCAGACAAUGUCAUCUCAGGCUGAGUGUGACGUGGCUGAAAAUUGUGUAGUUUCAGAUAACUGCGUAAAUAUCAGUGACGAUAACCAAAUGAACAACAGAGAAUUAGAACUCAAGGAAUCUAAUGGCAUCAUUCCCGGAAUGAAACGAAAAGUCUCUUUUGCAAAUUUUCCAACAUAUCCAACCUGACGCAUAUAGAAUGUAAAGCGGACUUUCAAAUACAUCUUUGUGAUGACUUUUUCUUAUCAGAAAGAGUGGCCAGACAAACAGGCAUUGUUUGGUCUAUAAUUGGCUAACAUACACAUAUUAUGUGAUUGCAGAAAAGGACAUAUUAAGAAAAAACAUAUGCAGAUGCACUCCUCUAAAGAUCGUCUUUUAAGCUAGAAAAGCGUUACACUAAUCAAAUAAUGCCAUUUACAUGUAUAUAAGUGAAUAAACAUUAAUCGAUCGACAGGAUGAUUAUGUGAAAUUUUGUAAAACUUAUAGUAAAAGAGAGUAUGGUUCAUGUUGCUGUUCCGCAGAUGUUAUUUGUAAAAUAUGAAGAAUUUCUUUCAUUAUUAAAUGGUAAUGUUGUA